AUGAUUGUCUUUGCUAACUGCCCAGAGAGUCGAGACGCCCAACCCUCUUCUCACAUUAACUCUUCUCACCACGGCCAAAUGAGCAGGAGUAAACCUGGAUCAUCUUCGUUGAAUGGCUCAGGAGGCAUCGAACCGCUGGGCCUCGCCAUAUGUACCUUGUAUUCGUCACUCUCGGGUGACCAAGCACCUGUAGAGGACUCCGCCCGUCUCGCGCUCAGAGGGACAUCUGGGCCAGGUGUAUCCGAGAUAGACCCGGUCGGUUUGGUCGUUGACGUUUCGGACGCCGAGAAGCGAUCAAAAGUGUCUUCGGUGGAGGUGAAAGAUCUCGUUGCAUGGCCGUCGACGCGUCUCUAUGUGUAUUACCGUGUAUACGACGAGGGCGGUGAAAUUUCCUCCAAGACCUCCUUCGAUGACACCGAUUCGUCUCUCGGCCGGCUUGAUACCCUAUGUAUUUCACCCCCAUACACAGCUCUUUCCUUGAAGUAUUGCAUCACGAAAGCAGAAGGGGUAUCUCCAGACCGGGUUUGUGAUCUAUUCGAGGAUGAGGGCGGCGACAGUACAUUGAAAGAUGGUGAUACUGUUGCUCUUCUCUCUGAUAGUUAUCCAGGCGUUUCAAAGGAAGAACCUCUAGCUAUUGUUUACGGAGUGCAGAAGGAUGCUACCAACCCAUCAGAACAACUGGAAUUUGCGGAAUACGGCACUUGGGAAAAUAUCGAUGCGUACCAGAUAGGGUUGAAUGCUUUUUUGAAGAAACCCUGCAAGUCUUUUGUUCAUGUCAAAGAAUAAACUCCUAAUAGGCCUCUUCAACAUGUUUCUUGCAGUUGUUCC